UUUCCAAAAUACAGCAAAGCUAAUUUAUCCUGUCGCAGUGUGUUUUAAAGCGCCGGUUGUUCCUGUAGGUGUAAACCCCGCUGUCUGGAUGCUCUUGUAGAGUUUUGGUCGCUGUAUUCUGUGUAGGGAAACAAAAAUCUGAAGAUCAGAAGGACGCACAGAUCUGUUGGAUGGUCACUGUAUUUGUGAGGUGAAGUCAACAAACGUCAAGAAAACUAGUUCCUGUGGAGGAAGAAAUCACCAAGCUAAUUAAAAUCAACAAACAUGGCACAAAUUGAGCAUGAUGAAGUUACUGAGGUUGUGUGUUUGGAGUCAGAACUGCAGGAUGGACAAAUGAAGGAGGUUGAGGUGGACCAUCAGAAAAUCCUGUUGGUUCGUAAUGAGGGCCAGUUCAGUGCCGUGGGAGCUUUGUGUACUCAUUACGGAGCUCCACUUAUUAAAGGUGCUUUGAUGGGAAAUAGAGUGAGGUGUCCUUGGCAUGGGGCUUGUUUUAACACUAAAACAGGAGAUAUUGAAGAGUUUCCAGGAUUGGACUCUUUGCCCACAUACAAGGUGAAAGUUGAAAAUGGUAAAGUUCAUGUUACAAGAGAUAAAAAGAAUCUGACGAAACGUGUUAAAGAAAUGAGUUGUAGGGCUCCCGGAGUCUGUCACACUAUUAUUUUAAUUGGUGGAGGUGCUGCCUCUUUGCAAUGUGCAGAAACUCUUCGACAAAAUGGCUACCAGGGGCAAAUUAUAAUGGUCACCAAAGAUGAGCUUCUGCCUAUUGACAAGACGAAACUGAGUAAAGCCAUGAAUAUAGAGAGUGAAAAAAUUCUCCUUCGGUCAAGUGACUUCCUAAAACAGCAUGGCAUUGAAGUAUGGACAGAAAAGGAAGUGGUGUCCCUAAAUACAGAAGAAAAUACAGUCAGUUUUCAAGAUGGUACUACUCAACACUACAAUCAGCUAUUGAUCGCUACAGGAGCAAGAGCUCGGCUUUUGCAAUGCCCUGGUGCUGAAAUGGAGAAUGUGAAAUUCCUGCAGAGCUACAAAGAUGCAGCUGAGAUUUAUCAGAUGAGCGUUGGCAACAGGGUGGUCAUCGUUGGAACAUCUUUUAUAGGAAUGGAAGCAGCAGCUUUUCUGUCUGACAAAGCAGCUAGCGUAGUUGUUGUGGGCAAAUCUGACGUGCCUUACCAGUUUUCACUGGGACCAGAUAUCGGCAAAAUGACUAUGAAGAUGCUGGAGGAGAAAAAUGUGAGAUUCUACAUGAAUAAUGGUGUGUCUGAGAUUCAAGGGGGAAACGGAAAGGUGCAGCAAGUUAUACUGCAAAAUGGCGAUGUGUUGCCUGCAGACAUUGUAAUCGUGGGAAUUGGUGUCAUUCCAAACUCUGAUUUCCUGGAGGGGAGUAUGGUGGAAGUUGAUUCAAAAAAUGGCAUCACUGUUGAUAAGUUUAUGAGAACUAACAUUCCAGAUGUUUUUGCGGCUGGGGAUGUGGCAUCCUUUCCUCUUUCAAUUCAUGCAGAUAAAAGAGUCAAUAUUGGACACUGGCAAUUGGCACAAACACAUGGCCGGGUUGCAGCUUUGAACAUGCUGAAGAAACAGGUGGAACUCCAAUCUGUCCCAUUCUUCUGGACUGUGUUGUUGGGUAAAAGUAUCCGAUACACAGGUUAUGGUGAAGGCUAUACGGACAUUAUUUUCAAAGGAAGUGUUGACGAGAGGAAGUUUCUUGCAUUUUAUAUAAAAGGUGAUGAAGUUAUUGCAGCAGCCAGCAUGAACUUUGACCCUGCAGUCUCAAGAGUAGCAGAAAUAAUGGCAACUGGGAAGAAAAUUACAAAGUUAGAAGCUGAAUUGGAGGACCUUGGAUGGCUGCAGCUCCCAUAGAUGAACAAUAUGCAUCAAUAAAUGCUACACAAGAUCCCUUUAUUAGUUUGCAAAUGUACUUCUGUUUGUGGAGUUUGUGGAACAGCACAGUGAUAAACAAAACAAUAGCCAUGUUGUUUUACUAGAUAACUUCUUUUUGCUUUAGUUAUUGUAAUGUUGUUCAAAAUGUUUGCAUUUUAUCUCUUAACUAGAUGGAUUGUAUAACUAUAAAAAAAACAUGAAAAUUUAAAUAUACAUUUUAAAACUUUGACUAUAGCAGUCUAUAGCAGUAACUAGAAGUUAAAUUCUACUUAAACACAUCUGAGGCAUGUCCUACUGUCCAAGCUUGCAUGUAAUAUUAAUUAUGCAAGUUUGCCUGUUGGUUAGAUGUAUGUUGUAAUAAAUGUAAUAAAAAUAUUAAGAAGAAUAAAUAAAACAUUCUGAACCA